AAAUCUAAUCCCUCCAGGUCUCUUCUGCUUCUCUCCCUCCUUUUUCCGUUUCUCUCUGUUUUUUUUUUCCUUCAAAAAAACAAUUUAAUAAGAUUUUAAAUUUUCCUCUAUUUUUCCAUUGUUGUUCACAGUAAGUUUAAAUGAGUACUUAACAAGUUUUUGAUUAAAAACUUGUAAUUAGUAGUUUUUACAUUUUUUUCAAAAAAAAUUAAGGUUAGGGUUUACACCAAUGUCAACUCGUUACCACAUUCGUCUCCCUGCUGACCAGGUUGGUGGUUAUUUCGUGACACGGUACUAUAAAUUACUUCAACAACAACCGGAAUUAAUUCACCAGUUUUACAAUGACGCCAGUACGAUGCUUCGUGUUGACGCCUCGAACCAGCAGAAUGCGACUACAUUACUCCAAAUACAUGAGCUUAUUAUGUCUCUCAAUUAUUCUGGAAUUGAAAUAAGGACAGCACUCUCAUUUGAUUCAUGGAAUGCUGGUGUUCUUGUGAUGGUUUCUGGCUCUGUUGCUGUGAAGGGUUUAAUUGGGAUAAGGAAAUUUGUGGAAACAUUUUUUCUUGCACCCCAAGAGAAGGGCUAUUUUGUUCUGAAUGAUGUUUUUCAGUUCACUGAUGAGGAACCUGUUCACCAUCAUCCAUCUGUCUUACUAGCCCGAAACAAUCUUGACUCGAACUUUAUUGCUCCGGCUGUGAUUCCAGAGCCAGUUCCAAAUUAUAUGUUGAGCGGAGAAGUUCAGGCCAGGGAGUUUGUUGCUCCUGCUGAUACCAAGGAAAAUGGCCUUCUAGCUGACAGUUACACUUUUCCGGAGCACUGGUUGCAGCAAGCUCCUGAGUCUGAAUAUGCUCAGGAGGAAUAUUUCAUAGAGUCGAACGGUUCAAUUGAAAACUCAGUUAACAUUGCACAGGACCAAUUGCCAGCUUCUGAUGACGAACCUGUUGGAGCCCAAAAACACACUUAUGCUUCUAUUUUACAAGUUGCUAAGCGACAAUCUGCACCUCCUGUUGCUUCCCAGCGUUCUCUUAACAAAAAUGGCCUACCUACCUCCGAUCGGAAUCAUGCUUCACAAACUGCCACUCAGCUAGCGACUGUGGCAACAAAUUCAUUUGAAAGGUCUGGAGCAGGCACAGUUGAGGACAUUUCUGCUGCAGAAGAUGAAGUUGAAAUAAGGUCCGUGUACGUGAGAAAUUUACCCACUACUGUAUCUGAAGUUGAGAUUGAGGAGGAAUUCAAGAAUUUUGGGAGUAUCGCACCUGAUGGUGUUGUUAUUCGAAGUCGCAAGGAUGUUGGUGUAUGUUAUGCAUUUGUUGAAUUUGAAGAUAUGAUUGGUGUUCAUACUGCAGUAGAGGCUGGUACUGCACAUGUUGCUGGGCGGCAAGUAUAUAUUGAAGAGCGAAGACCAAACAGCAAUAUCCCAUUUCGUGCAGCAAGAGGAAGAGGUAGAGGGAGGGGCAGUUACUUGAUAGAUGCUCCAAAGGGUCAGUUCGGAGGUCGAAGUUUUGGCUACAAUGGAGGUGACCAAGAUUACGGCAGGUCAAGAGGAAACGGUUAUUAUAGGCCAAGUCCACGCCAAGAUCGAGUGUUUACGUCUUACCAAGUGUCAAGAAACGGACAGUACCAAGCAGAGCAAUAGAUCAGUUUUUUUAACAAAGAGAAAACAAAAUUUUGGAUCCAUCCCUUGAAUUUCAACAUAUCAUCAUUAGUAGAUAAGAAAUGAUUAAAUUUAUCAAAGAUUGAUUAGAUAUGUCAGCUAUAUUAUGUGCCCUUAUGCUAAUGCUUAUUCAAGCUUAAUUGGCAAUGUGCCUGCAAAUUUUGUGAUUCUUUGAUUUAAUAUAGAAUCUUGCAUCUA